UCCUGGAUACGCGUUCAGAAAAACAGCUUGGAUUUGUAUUCAGAACCACCCAUCAGGGGUUCAGUUUACUGGCACAAAAAACCCCAAAAAGUACAUUCGUAACGACACGUAACGUUUCGAUGAUAACGUAAAGAGUACAAACGAGGCGGAGAGCGGAGAGAAAGAGCGCCACGUCACUGAACAACGGAGAAGUCAGAAGGAGCCGCCGAGUGCCACCCCCCGCCGCGGGCCACAGAUUACACCGCUCCGCCUCACCGGACGGCGGAGUUUACAAGUGCCCCCGGUCCCCGCGUAGUUUUGCUGUACUCACUUCUUCUCCCUGCCUUUUUUUAAACUGACCGUGACGUAGAGGCUGAAAAUGACGGCGUCCAACUGGGGCCUUAUCAUGAACGUGGUGAACAGCAUCGUUGGAGUCAGCGUACUCACCAUGCCCUUCUGCUUCAAACAGUGUGGGAUUGUUCUUGGAACUCUACUGCUGUUUUUCUGCUCAUGGAUGACCCAUAAAUCCUGCAUGUUCCUGGUCCACACUGCCAGCAACACCAAAAGAAGAACCUAUGCUGGAUUAGCCUUCCACGCUUACGGGAAACCAGGGAAGAUGCUGGUGGAGAUGAGCAUGAUCGGGUUGAUGCUGGGGACCUGUAUCGCCUUUUAUGUUGUCAUUGCGGAUUUGGGCUCAAAUUUCUUCGCUCAGCUGUUGGGUUUACAGGUGACGGGCAGUUUCCGCGCGCUGCUGCUGGUCGCCGUGUCUCUGUUCAUCGUGCUCCCCCUGAGCCUGCAGAGGAACAUGAUGUCGUCCAUCCAGUCCUUCUCAGCCAUGGCGCUCAUGUUCUACACCCUGUUCAUGUUCACGAUAGUGUUGUCGUCCCUGCGCUACGGCCUAAUCUCAGGUUCCUGGGUGGAGCAGGUUCACCUGUGGCGCCUGAAGGGCGUCAUUCAGUGCCUGCCCAUUAUCGCCACAACCUUCUGCUGUCACCCCCAUCAACAUGGGUGCAGCUCCCCUCCCUUCUCCAUGUUCUCCCUCCACUUGUCUUCAUUUGGUUUGGGCUGUAACUCCCCACCCUCCCCGCCUCCUUCCCCUCAGAUGGUGCUGUCUUCGUUCAAACAUGGGCUGCUCAGCGGCUGGUGGCUAGGGCAGGUCUAUGUGGUGCGCUGGGAGGGUGUGUUUCGCUGUCUCCCCAUCUGUGGGAUGGCCUUCGCCUGCCAGUCGCAGGUGCUGCCGACCUACGACAGCCUGGACGAGCCGUCUGUCAAACGCAUGAGCACCAUCUUCACCUCGGCCCUCAACGUGGUCACUAUCUUCUACAUCACUGUGGGCUUCUUUGGCUACGUCAGCUUCACGGAGAACAUAGCGGGCAACGUGCUGAUGAACUUUCCGUCCAACCUGGUGACAGAAAUGAUCCGCGUAGGCUUCAUGAUGUCCGUGGCCGUCGGGUUCCCCAUGAUGAUCCUGCCCUGCCGUCAGGCCAUCAACACCAUGCUUUUUGAGCAGCAGCAGAAGGAUGGAACCUUUGCUGCCGGGGGCUACAUGCCUCCUCUCCGCUUCAAGAUGAUCACCCUCGGCAUCGUUUUUGGCACCAUGCUGGGAGGCAUUCUCAUCCCCAAUGUUGAAACCAUUCUGGGUCUGACUGGAGCCACCAUGGGCAGCCUCAUAUGCUUCAUAUGUCCAGCACUCAUCUAUAGAAGGAUCCAGAAGAAUGGCUUCUUAUCUCAGUUGGUGCUUUGCGUUGGCCUCGGAAUCCUGCUGAUCAGCACCUUCACCACCCUCUCCAUUACGGCCAGCAGCCCCAGUUACAAGGUCCGAGCUCCCCCUCCGGCACCUGGCAGGAGCAGCCUGCUGCUUCCGGACCCCCCCGAGCCGCACGACAAUCCCGCGGUGAAGAGGCCGGAGGAGGUCAAAGAGCCGGACCUGCCGCCGGUGGAGGUGGUGCAGCCCGCGCCCAAGGACAACCCCGAGCCGCCCCAGAUCAAAGGACCGGUCGAAGCACCAGAGAGGAAGAAGGAGGAAGUUGUGCAGCUGGACCGUCCCGGAGCCGGCGUCGCCGUGCCGGAGGGAGAGGCCCAUCGCCACGAGCCGCCCAAUCCCCAAGACAGGGUGCGGGUGGACUCCAGGAAGAACGACGCAGAGCUGGCGGAGGACGAGAACCGGCAAGUCCCUCCCGCAGAGGACGUCCAGGGAGAAGUCAAGAAAGACAUGGAGCAAGAUCAGAGGUUAGAGGACAGGGCCGCCGAGAAAGCUGCCGAAAACGCGGCGGGGAAGAAGAAGGAGGCGGAGCAGGGCGGCCAGGGCUUGUCCAACCUGGUGCUGGAGAAGCCUGCUGCCCAGCCGGGCAAAAAGCCGGAGGACCUUCCUCAAAAGGACGCGGAGAAUCUCCAACCCACUAAGGAUCCUCUGGCAGGGAACGAGGCCGCGGCAGCGGCCAAUCAGGGUGCAGGAGUGCCCGCGGAUAAAGCACCAGAUGCUGCAGGAAAAGCUCCAGCUCCGGAAGAAGAGCGUCAUCCGGCAGCGGACGAGGCUCCGGCUGCAGACGGCAAAGAUCCAGCAGACGAGAAGAUGGACGAGGGCCAGCUGGACCAUGCGGUGCUGCUGCAGGUGAUCAAGCAGCAACAGGAGCAACAGAAGAGGCUUCUGGACCAACAGGAAAAGUUACUGGCCGUCAUAGAAGAGCAACACAAGGAAAUCCACCAAAAGCAACCUGCUGGAGCCGAAGGCGAGGCGGAGAAAAGUGUCCCGGGUCGCGAGGGGAUCGAAGCUGGAGCAGCCAAAGCUGCACCGGCCGGAGGGGAGGGGGCCCCCCCGGGGGAUUCGGGAGCCCAGGUCGGGGCUGGUAAAGUAGCUGCUCCGGCAGCUUACAAGGAGGACGCUGCUGCACCUGCGGAGGAGCUCCACCAGCAGAGUCAGCUGGGGGCCAGGGGGGUGCCGCUAGGUAAGCCGAAUGCAGACGGCCAUCAGCCCCCGCCUCAAAACGAGCAGGCUGCAAAGCCCAGGGACGUCGAAAGCCUCGAUCAAGAAAAGAAGUCCUUCGAAGAUCUCCCAAAAGAAAAGCCGGAUAAAAAAGUCGAGGCGGGACUGGACAAAGAAGAGGUCGAGAGGAUUAUAAAGGACACCAUGGCGAGGGAAAAGCAGCUAGAGAAGGAGAGGAUUGAGAAAGAAGUCCAGGCGAGGCUGGAAAAGGAGAGGCAGGAGAAACUGGCCGCAGAGCAGCAGCUGGAGAAGGAGAGGGCCGAGAAGGAACGAAUAGAGAGAGAGGUUCUGGCCAGGGUGGAGAAAGAGCGGCUGGAAAGGGAGAGGAGGGAGCAGCUGGCCAGAGAGCAGAAGCCGGACAAGGCGGAGCAGGACCGGUUCCAGCAGGAGCUGCAGAGGGCGGACAGCGAAAUAGACGAGAGGGCCAAAAAGGAGCAGCGGACGGAGGAGACCCAGGAGAGGCUGGCCCAGCUGCAGCGAGCCGCCGCCGCCGCCGCCAGGGGGGGGGAGGGCGAGCCUUUGAAGAAAGGAGGACGAGAUCUCAAAGAGAACGCGGCCGACGAGGCUCCCCCCAGAGGGAAGGUGGUAAACGGGGCGGCGGGAGCCCCGCCUGGCCUCCAGGGCUCCCAGGAGAAGGCCCGGGACCAGGGGGAGGUGGAUCUGAGGCGGAGGCGGCGAGCGCUGGGACCCAAAGAGGCCGCGGCCCCCCCGGAGGGCUCCAGAGCCUCCAGGGGGGUCCCGGGGCUGGAGCCCCUGCUGGAGCUGGGGGGCUCGGACCUGCACGCAGCGCUGGAGCAGCAGCUGCUGGCCGGGGCCGUGGUGCACUCACGGCAGAUCAAACAGACCCCAGACGACCAGGGGGGGGCAAAGUAACACCCACCAGACAGGCCCCCCGUCUCACAUGCAGAAUUUCCCUACACUGUGGACUACGAGUUAGUUAGCUGCCUUACAUUCUCUUGCCUUCCGAAAGGUUCUGGAGCAGACACUUCCCUGUAUGCUCAUACUGUGCACUCUGACAUAACCCAAAGUCUUUUGUAAAGAGAAAAGAAAGCGUAUGUAAAUAUUAAAUUAUUUUUGUCUUUACAGCAUCGAAUUACGAAGAGGUCACUGUUAAAAUGUAAAUACAUCUAUGCAAUGUGUCCGCAGAGCAUAUUAACUGGGCAAAUACUGUGUUUGUGUCACUUUAAAUAGGUUUUCCUAUGAGCUGCUUGUGGUGUCCCCCUUUGUCGCAUCUCUCUGCGUUUCCUGCGAUGUGGAUGUUGUAAAUCUGUUCAGGACGUGGCCGGAUGUCCCUUAUUAACUCCUGUGCAAAGUAGUGCACAGCGUAGCCUUAUCAUUUUAUAAACUGGACUCAAAGGCAGCAUCUGUAGAGCGAUGACUAGUUACAAAUCAUUCCAGCUGUAAUAAAUCCCUCAUCUGUUUAUAAGUGCCUUUCAAGUCAUGUACUUUUGUACUUUGUGGUCCUUUCCUCUUCUAAAACUUUGAAAAGUGAGGAUGGUGAAAGGAAAGCUUGGUGUUUCUUGGUUGCACAGCUCUUUUGAAAAUUCCUGCAUCAGUAUGUCAUUGGGUAUCUUGGAACUUUGGUAAAGAGAGUAUUUUUCUAUGUGCAAUGUAUUUCUGUAAAUCUUGAUGAUAAGAAUAAACAAAAAAUAAAAAACUC